UAUCAGCGUUGAACGUUCAUUGACACAUUUUGCAAUUUCGACGUAACAUCAUCGUCAUCGUCGUUGUUACUGUUCUCGUUCAACAUCAGUCAAUUUCUAGCAUAUUUGUCACAAAUAAUUUUAGCAAAUUGAUCGUUACGUCUAUUGAACGAGGCGAAACAUGACGGAGGACAUGUCAGGAGCCGACAUCUGCAGGGUUUGCAGGUCCGAGGGCCUCGCGGACAGACCUCUCUUCCAUCCGUGCAUCUGCACGGGCAGCAUCAAGUGGAUACAUCAGGAGUGUUUAGUACAGUGGAUGCGGUAUUCGAGGAAAGAAUAUUGUGAACUCUGUGGAUACCGUUUUUCUUUCACGCCGAUUUAUAGUCCAGACAUGCCACGUCGUUUACCGUUAAGAGACCUUAUCGGAGGAUUGUUUUCCAACAUUGUAACAGCAGUGAAAUACUGGCUACAUUAUACCUUGGUCGCGAUAGCAUGGCUUGGUGUCGUACCGUUGACCGCUUGCAGAACUUACAGAGCACUGUUCAGCGGUCCUCUCGAUCUGGUUCGAAUAAUGUCGUUACCAAUGGACAUCCUGUCCGCAGAAAAUAUAUCGUCGGACGUGUUUCAUGGAUGCUUCGUAGUCACUUGUACCUUGUUUGCUUUUAUCGGUUUGGUAUGGUUGAGGGAGCAAAUUUUACACGCUGGUGGCCCGGAUUGGCUGGAGAGAGAUAAUAUACAAUUGCCGCCGGUCGAUAAUCCAGCCCCGAACGCAGAAGCAGCGCCCGAGCCACAACAGUUCCAGGAACAAAGGGCCCUCGAACAACAGGAAAUUCAGGAUAACAAUAACGUACCACCGUUCGUCGACGAACCACCGCCGCCACCGCCACCGCCGCCGCCGCCACCAGUCGUACCAGAGCAUCCGAACAACGACGAUGAUCAUCUGCUGAGGAAUGCCGCAGCCGCCGUCGUCGAAGAACACGGGGUACGAGAAAAUAAUUUGGCCGACGAUCAAAGGAUAGAAGAAGCCGAAGGAAUCGGCGGCAGAGAUGUCGAACAACGACCCGCUGGCGUCGUCGUUCCUAGAAGCGGGGAUCAGCAUUUGGAACAACAGCCCGUAGCUCCACGCCGAGACGCGGAUCUGUUGAUGUUGCCCGUGCAGCAACCUGCUGCCGCAGCACAGGCCAGAGACGAGUUGGUGGUCGGUGGCAUGGACGGUGGAGAGCAGGCGAAUCAAAGAGCCGGCGAUGGAUGGAGAGAUCCCGCUCAGGGACAGGCGCAAGCUGGGGAAGCUGAAGAGGCGAACUGGAACCCGCUCGAAUGGGACAGACCCGCGGAAGAACUGACCUGGGAACGUUUACUCGGCUUGGACGGAUCUCUCGUCUUCCUUGAACACGUGUUUUGGGUCGUCUCGCUGAACACGUUGUUCAUCAUGGUUUUUGCUUUCUGCCCUUACUACAUCGGUAGUUUCGCGAUAGCUGGCUUAGGCUUGCAAGAGUACGCGGCAGCGUCGCACUUCGAAGGAUUAGUGACCACGUUAUGCGGCUACUGCGUCACGGGAGUGUGGCUGGUGGUUCUUCAUACGUUAGCGGCUCCUCUGGGUUUCCAACGUUCUCAACGUCUACUGGGUCUGUGCUAUGUCAUAGUGAAAGUUUCUUUACUCUCCGUCGUCGAGAUAGGUGUACUUCCUCUGGUCUGUGGUUGGUGGCUAGAUAUUUGUUCGUUAGCAAUGUUCGAUGCCACGCUCCGAGACAGGGAGACUUCGUUCAAGCUAGCUCCUGGUACCUCGAUGUUUUUACAUUGGUUGGUGGGAAUGAUUUACAUAUAUUACUUCGCUUCAUUCAUCUUGUUGUUACGAGAAGUUUUACGACCAGGAGUACUUUGGUUUUUGAGAAACUUGAACGAUCCCGACUUCUCUCCUAUCCAAGAAAUGAUUCAUCUUCCAAUUUUAAGACACGUCAGAAGACUCGUAGCAUCGGCAGUGAUAUUCGGAACAGCUAUCUUGUUGAUGCUAUGGUUGCCCGUGAAGGUACUGAGAUGGGCAUGGCCGGGAUUUUUACCGUACACCGUGACCAUUCAAAGCGAAGCUCAGGUCAGUGAAUUAUCGUUGGAACUGUUGUUACUGCAAGUAAUUCUUCCUGCGUUACUGGAACAAUCGCAUACGCGUACGUGGCUAAAAGCUCUAAUAAGAGGCUGGUGUCGAGUAGUAGCCUGGAUGUUAGAUCUGCAGUCGUAUCUGUUGGGCGAACCAAACGAGGAACCGGGACCUGCAGUGAUCGAAGAACCUCAGCAUCCGGAUUUAGGUGCAGCGCAUCAAGCGCUAUUGCAAAGAGGAGGGCCGACAGGUUUCCAACCGUACAUCAGGCCACGCUGGUUUCCUGCUCGUCUAGUCGGCCUUUUACUUUGUGUUUGCGUUUCUCUCGUUAUCGCUAGUUUAAUCGCAAUGAUUCUGCCCGUUUGGCUUGGACGCAGAGUAAUGGCGUUGUGGAUGGUUGGAGCUCCGGCUCCGUCUCCGCCCGUACUACCACCACCUGCUCUCAGUGGGUCUGAGACCAACGAAGCUGCCGCCGCCGUUGCUUUGUCCGGACGAGUACAUGAAUUAUAUACCGUAGCUUGUGGGACAUACGUGUGUUGGGCCGCAGCAAGAGGACUGGCGUUGGCGUUCUCUUGGUUACCACGUGGUCGGAGAGCUCUCCUCGAUAGAAUAAAACAUUGGGCGAUCAUAGGCGUGAAAGCAUCGGUGGCAUGUUUCCUGUUGAUCGGCCUAAUACCGUUGCUGUUCGGUCUUCUUCUCGAAUUGGUCGUCGUAGUACCUUUACGCGUACCUCUGGAGCAAAAUCCCAUUUUAUUCAUCUGGCAAGACUGGGCGCUGGGCGUGUUGUACACGAAGAUAGCAACCGCUAUUACCAUGAUGGGUCCAGAUUGGAGGAUCCGCCUUGCGAUCGAGCGGGCGUACAACGAUGGUAUCAGAGAAUCAGACUUGAAGUUCAUCGUUACGGAACUAGCGGCACCGGUGAUAUGUUGUUUCGGUCUCGCAUUGGCCGUUCCCUACGCCGUGGCUUACGGAAUAGUCCCACUUUUAAUCACCAAUUUACAGACGCAAAUUCUUAUCGCUAGACGUUUAUAUCCCUUCCUUCUGUUAGUACAUUUGGUAUGUAUCAUUAUCUAUUUUCAAAUUCGACAAUUCAAGAAACUUUACGAACAUAUAAAGAAUGACAAAUAUCUCGUGGGACAGAGACUCGUAAAUUACGAACAUCAAAACAAGUCUCAACAGACAUGAACAACAAUAGCGUCGACCACGACCAUUGAUUAAGCUGUGACUUAUCUAGUGUAAUUUGUUUCUCGACACGGAAAUUUAAUAAACGACAAUUCUCUAUCGCACUCGACCGUAAUAGCCAGCCGUUAACUUAUACGUUGAUUAUACUUUAAUACUUGGUAUUAUAAUUUUCUUAGUAUAAGAACGAUACGAAAGAAAUUAAAAAGACUGGACAUUCAUUGAAUCGCUUUUUCCUUCAUGAUAUAUGAUGAUAUCUGAUUGUCUGUAUGAUCGUUUUUAAUUUUAAUUCGGAAAAAACACAAACACACGUUGUCCAAGAAUAAUUAUAAAUACUUUGCUUAGCUCGGCCAAGUUCGACUUGGUUGACAAAUGUGUGUCUGUGGUAGUACAUGUAACUUUUCGAGAAAUCGUGAUUCAGUCUUAUUGUUUUCAUUGUUAAUCGAACGGAUCACCAGUCUUCUACAGAAAUAUCUUAGACUUAAGUUUCUGCUGACUUAGAAAAAUUUAAUGUACAAUAUUUCGUUACACUCCAAUAAAUCCUUAUAAAUUAGCGACGAAAUAACGUAAUUAUGUAUUGUACAAAAUGUUAAUCUCUCUCUCUCUCGAUGGAUUCGAGUAAAGGAAUAUUUAUAAUCAAACGUCAUGAUAAUAAAGAAAGUCGUAUAUUCCUUGGA